UUAAAGCCGAGAGCCCAACUUUAUAUACAACGAGAACGAGGCGCAAGUGUGGUGGUUCCCAAACACAAGAAGGUGGUCCAGAGCGCGAGCGAGCGAGAGAGAAAGGUGAGAGAUAGGAAGAUCGGCAAUUUAGGGUUUUGAAAAUCCCUGUGAUUCAGAGGGAGCAAAGAGGAGUGUGAGAGAGAUUUAAGAGAGAGUGUCGUGGUGAGUUCGCGAGAGCUGAGGGGUCUAACGUCAAAAGCGGAGAGCAAUAUUUGUUUUUUGAGUGUUAGACUUUCACUCUGCGUCUUUCGGUGACUUCUGUAGCUCGAAAUAUACGAAUCCCUAUGGAGCGAAAGCUUGUGGUUCUGGGUAUUCCAUGGGAUGUUGAUACCGACAGCUUGAGGGAAUAUAUGAGCAAAUUCGGGGACUUGGAGGAUUGCAUUGUAAUGAAGGAGCGGUCAACAGGCCGAUCUCGCGGUUUUGGUUAUGUAACAUUUGCGACAGUUGAAGAUGCUAAGAAUGCAUUAUCAAGCGAACACAUCCUUGGAAACAGAAUGCUGGAAGUAAAAAUAGCUACUCCAAAGGAGGAGAUGAGAGCUCCUGCAAAGAAAGUGACCAGAAUAUUUGUAGCUAGGAUUCCACCAUCUGUCACAGAAGCAGUAUUCCGGAGUCAUUUUGAGGAGUAUGGCGAUAUAACAGAUUUAUACAUGCCAAAGGACCAAGACUCGAAGGCACAUCGUGGAAUUGGGUUCAUCACUUUUGCUAGUGCAGAAUCCGUCGAUAAUUUGAUGUCUGACACUCAUGAAUUGGGAGGUUCAAAUGUUGUCGUUGAUCGGGCAACACCUAAGGAAGAUGACUUCCGGCCUGUAAGCAGAAUGCCACAGGGAGGAUAUGGGGCGUACAACACUUAUAUAUCUGCAGCAACUAGGUAUGCUGCACUUGGUGCUCCUACCUUAUAUGAUCAUCCAGGCUCUGUUUUUGGACGAGAAUCUGCUCGUGGAAUGGGUAGUAAAAAGAUCUUUGUUGGUAGGCUUCCUCCUGAAGCAACCACUGAAGACCUUCGCCAGUAUUUUGGUAGAUUUGGUCGUAUAAUAGAUGUUUAUGUACCCAAGGAUCCCAGGAGAGCUGGCCACAGAGGUUUUGGAUUUGUAACAUUUGCAGAAGAAGGUGUAGCGGAUCGUGUAUCUCGAAGAUCUCAUGAGAUUUUAGGACAGCCGGUUGCACUUGAUUCCGCUGCACCUCUUGGAGAUGCUGGUCCCAGUGGAAAUUUCAUGAUGAAUGGUCCUGAACCUUAUGGCGGUUAUGGUGGUCCCAUGCGCACCUAUGGCAGGAUGUAUGGAAGCAUGGAAUUUGAUGAUUGGGGUUAUGGAAUGCCUAGUGGAAGGCCUUCGAGGGGAGACUGGAGGUACAGGCCAUACUGAGAUGACAAAGACUAGUCCUUCAAAACUUCCAUUGCUUCUGAAGUCUAACUGGGAUACACAAGAUGCAAUGAAGCUUUUGAAAUAUAUUAUGUUUCUUAAAGCUAGGGUCAUUUCUCUGGUCAUGGAUAACUUUUCAAUGUCGAAUUCUAAAUUUACUGGAUGCACAACUUUUAUGUGAGAAUGGUAGAUAUCAUGGCAAUUCAUGCUUUUGACAGUUGUAUUUGAGAAUGCUGGAUGAGGUUUUCUGUAUUACUUAUCUUUAAGACGGGCAAUGUUAUUUAUCAAAAAAAAAAGACGGGCAAUGUUAUCUGCUCCUGCCUCCUG